AUGGCUAUGAUUGGUCUUGCGAUUUGUGUGUUUUUUCUGCCAGCGGCGAAAUGUGUGAUGUGUUACGAAGGAUCCUUAUGGGAAGAUUUUGGUGCAUGGGAUGUGAGGACAAAACUGAAAACUCGAGAAUGCGAAGCGGGAUGCUCAUUCGAGGAGAGGAAAAAAGAGGGCGGAAUUAUGGUCAAUUUGGGAUGCCUCUCUCAACAAGAUCCCAUUACUCCCUCUGGGUGUAAGUGGCAAACCACUAAAAUUGAGAGAUAUUUUGGAUGCAUGUGCUUUCGCGACAGAUGUAAUUUAGAAUUAGCUCUGCACAGAUAUUCAAGUGCACAAAGUGCACUGCUCCCUCAAUUAUCGGACGCUCAUUCGUGGAACUCCGACGGCGAAAUAUCGAAUUGUUUACAGAAAUCGUGA